UUUAAUUACAUCACUAACUUACCCCUCUCUACUAAACCCUUUAUAAAAGUAAAAUAUAACAGUAUUUUUAUAGUAAUUUACUGCUUUUUAAAAAAAGCAUACUUCUUGCUGCAUAAUAAAUCAUAUACAGCAGAAGACCUUACUUACAUCUAUAUAAAAAUAAUUGCUGUAAAUUAUAGACUACUAAAAGAAAUAAUAUUAAAUAGAAGAUAA